AGAAGCAACGAGUGAAAGCGAAGUAGCGAACAGAGGUAAUCACUGGAUUUUACUAGCUUCGGUUGGUUCUGUCCAGCACGCGAUCCCCUUCGCCUUCUCGCGGGAGCGCACCGGCGAUGGCGUCGACGCGGCCGGGGACGACGGCUGGGUUGCCGCCGCCGUGGAGCAGGCUGGAGGGGCAGGUGGUGCUGGUGACGGGCGCGUCCUCCGGCAUCGGCCGCGAGUUCUGCCUCGACCUGGCGCGCGCCGGCUGCCGCGUCGUCGCCGCCGCCCGCCGCACCGACCGCCUCCGUUCUCUCUGCGAGGAGAUCAACGACUCCGUGGCCGCCGGGCCCCCCCGGGCGGUGGCCGUGGAGCUCGACGUCGCCGCCGGGGGCUCGGCCUUGGAUGCCGCUGUGCAGAGGGCAUGGGACGCCUUCGGCCGCGUCGACGCCUUGGUCAACAACGCUGGCCUCCGAGGAGGAGUGCAUUCGCCACUGGAUUGGCCUGACGAUGAGUGGGACAAACUCAUCAAGACGAACCUCACCGGAUUAUGGCUUGUCGCCAAACAUGUCUGCAGACGCAUGCGUGAUGCCAAGCUAAAGGGUUCAGUAAUUAACAUUUCGUCUAUUGCUGGUCUUAACCGUGGGCAUCUGCCUGGCUCCAUUGGAUACGCAUCGUCCAAGUCUGCUGUGCAUUAUGCCACAAAGAUAAUGGCUUUGGAAUUAGGAGCAUACGGCAUUAGAGUGAACUCAGUUGCACCUGGACUAUUCAAAUCAGAGAUAACCAGUCCUCUAUUGCAAAAGAGAUGGUUGAACACUGUUGCUUCAAAGAUAGUGCCUCUUAAGACGCAUGGGACUACUGAUCCAGCAUUGACUUCUCUAGUUCGUUUCCUGAUCCAUGAAGCAUCGUCCUAUGUGACCGGCAACAUCUUCGUUGUAGAUUCAGGUGUCACCUUACCUGGUGUUCCAAUAUUCUCUUCCCUGUAAUUUUUCUUUGAGUUUAGAUUAAUACAGAUAAGUUGGUACGAUUGCGUAAAGUAACCAAUAAAGGCUCCAUGAAGGAAGUGACGCUUCUGAACAGUUGGUUUCCAAUAAUAUUGUCUGUCAGUUCUGCUUUC